AUGGGUUCCGUCGCCCUUCCCCACCUGCGCUCAGGCUGGCACGUCGACCAAGCCAUCCUCUCUGAAGAAGACCGGCUCGUCGUGAUCCGGUUCGGGCGCGACAGCGACCCCAACUGCAUGUCGCAAGACGAGAUCCUGUACAAAAUCGCGGACCGCGUCAAGAACUUCGCGACUAUCUAUCUCUGCGACAACGUCGAGGUACCCGACUUCAACGCCAUGUACGAGCUCUACGACCCGAUGACGAUUAUGUUUUUCUUCCGGAAUAAACACAUGAUGUGCGAUUUUGGAACGGGCAAUAACAAUAAGCUGAAUUGGGUGCUUGAGGAUAAGGGCGAGUUGGUGGAUAUUUUGGAGACGGUCUAUAGGGGAGCAAAGAAGGGUAGGGGUCUGGUGGUCAGUCCGAAGGAUUACUCGACGAGGUAUAGGUAUUAGAGAGGUGGGGGAGUGACAUGGCACAAGCUUGACACAGACGUGGACGGAGAUCAUACUGGUCUUUUAGUUGAUGGGAACGAGCCGAGAUGGAUACGAAGGCUUCAUGAAUUGGCGUUUGGAGAAAUUGAAGAAUGCUUUGGGAUAAUAUGGCCGGGUGACUUGGCUUGGGGAUUGAUACAAUGAUGCGCUAGGACAGAGA